AUAAGAUACACAAUGUAUUUGUUCUCCCCACUAGCACUCCCCCUCAACACCCAUUUCCCAUUAGAGCCCUAAAAAUUUAUACAGUUGUAAUAGUUGUUUAUCUCUUCAAAAAAAAAAAAAAAAGAUACAUUUUUUAUUCACUAGCUAGUUUCUUUGGGAUCAAGCUGGGGCAUUGUAUGAGUGGAGCUAGCAAGUAGAAAAAGCAAAAGUUGGUUUUCAUCUCCAUUUUAAAGAACUGCAGAAAAUUAGCCAAGAGUAAUAAGAAAGUGCAUUAGUAAUAGUAGACAAUGCAUUGAGGAUUGUACCAUGAUCUUGGACUCUUAGGGAGACACUCUCUCAAACCUCUCAAUUUCUCUGUAUUGAUAAAAAAAGACAACCAUGCCACCGAAGAAAAGGGGAACAAGGAAGCAGAAAAGGAAGCAGCAAACUCUGUAUAAGGUUGAGAGUAUUUCCCACUCUGAUUCAACAACCAACCAAAACGACCAGUCAGAGUCUUGGGAGUGUCCUCUCUCAGCCAGAAGGAAUUUAACUCCGAACACCACGGUGUUUUCUGAUCGCCGCUGCUCCUUGAGAUCCUCUGCGAGGCUUAUUGAAACUGGAAUAUCAUCUUUGUCAGGAUGUUCACAGCCUCAAAAAGUAAGAGGACAUUCUUCUUCCACUGAUGGCAUCCAAGUGCUUGGUCAAGAUCCAACAAACACCACCAAUUCUGCAUAUAAAGUUCCAAAAGGUUCUCUAGCAGAAUCCCCUUCAAGAAACUUAGUACAAGUUGCUCAUUCUCUAACCUUGAAACCAGAAAUUGGACAUAAAGAAGCUGAAAAUGUUGGAACUUCAAAAGUUAAUAUACCAGAGAUUACAGAAAUUGGACAUAAAGAGGCUGAAAAUUCAAAUGUCAAUAUACCAGAGACUAUGGAAGAAGUAGGUGAGACUGAAAAGUCAUUGUUUCUUUAUUCAAAUCAAAUGCAUAAGCAUAAUGCAUUUGAAGCUGAAUGUGUCCCUCUUGAACAAGAGACUUUAGCAGUUGAAAUUCAAGCUUCAAAUAUAUUUGAGGAAAUGAAAAUUAAGAAUCAUAGGAAGCCUAUUUCAAUGGCUAGAUAUUCAUCCUCAUCUUUUAGCCUCAAACUUACUGAAAUGGUUGCCUUGGGAGAUGAUGAGGCUGAUUCUGGUGCACAAAGUUGUCCCAAGGACACAGUUAAUGGAUAUCAAGUGAAACCAGAAUUCAUGCCUAUAUUAAGAAAAAUCAUUGACAAACAUGGAGAUAUUGCUAAGAAUUGUGUGGCGUUGACAAUGAAAUACCGUUCGGUGUUGUUGGAGAUGAUCUGUGAUAUCGUAUCAGAAUUGGAAAAAAAAGAUAUCACUAAAAUCAAAGAAGAUGUCCUUAAUAGCAAGAUCGCUCUUGUUAAUGAAAUAAAAAUAACACAAGUGGAGGUUGAGUGGCUUCAUAUGAGACUAAUUGAGUUACUUGAGGCGAGGAGUAUUAUUGGACAGUUUGGCAUGCUGAAGAAUAAAAUAGACAACAAUAAGAAGACCAUUGAAACUGCUGAGAGUGCUUUGGAAGAAUGUGAGGCACAGAAGAAGGAAUUGUCGGACAAGCUACGAGCAAUAUGCGAAAGAGAAACUGUUUGCAAAGAGGCAUUGACUAAAGCAAAGGAUGAAUCCACCAGUAUAUCUCAAACUGUCAAAUAUGCCAAAUCUAAAGUCAGACCCUUUCUUAAUUGCUCACUGGUGGAUGGUUUGCUUUAGUGUUGAAAAUUUCAUCUCUAUAUAUUUAGUUUUCUUCAUGGUAGUGAUUUUAGGAUUUUUAUUGCUUUUUUAACUGUUUUGAAUUAAGUUAAGACUAUGUUGCUUCCCCUCAUGCAUGGCUUGCACAUUACACAUAAGAUUUGGUUGCAAAUGUCAGGAUUAUACUCAA